AAUUUUCAAAGGAAAAUAAAGAAACAGAGAGAUCUAUUUUCGAUGGAGACUGUGAGACCAAUGGUUGUUGCUCCUAAGGGUAAACUCAGACGCAAGUUUGCGAAAGUUCUUAACAUUCAUAAGCUAACGGGUGUUGCUCCAGAAGGGGAAAUGAAGAAGAUAAAGUUCGAUUCCAAAACCGCUAAACUGUCUGAGUCAUUCUACAAGCUUGAGGAAGAGUACGAGAGAAGUCUGGCAUUGGAAGCUCUUCUUGCGAAGCUUUUUGCAACGGUUUCUUCCAUCAAAGCGGCUUAUGCGCAGUUACAGCAUUCUCAGUCUCCGUAUGACUCGAUCGGGAUUCAAAAAGCAGAUAACUUGGUGGUAGCCGAGCUUAAGACUUUGUCUGAGAUUAAACAAUGUUUCUUGAAGAAACAAGUGGAUCCAAAUCCCGAAAGGACUUUGGUUCUCGCGGAGAUUCAAGAGCUGAGGAGUCUAUUGAAAACGUAUGAGAUAAUGGGGAAGAAGCUUGAGUCUCAGUAUAAGCUUAAAGACUCGGAGAUUAUAUUUCUAAGAGAGAAACUCGAUGAAUCGAUGAAACAGAACAAGUUGACAGAGAAGAGACUUAACGAAAGCGGACAACUUUGCAAUCCUCUUGACAAUCUUCACCUAUCGGCGCUUAAUCCAACACAUUUCGUUACUUACCUACACCACACAGUCAAAUCCACCAGAGGAUUCGUGAAGCUAAUGAUCGAACAAAUGAAACUAGCUGGUUGGGAUAUAUCAUCAGCUGCUAAUUCGAUCCAUCCCGGUGUGUUCUACUACAAGCAAGACCACAAGUGUUUCACUUUCGAACACUUUGUUUCCAAUGUAAUGUUCGAAGCAUUUCAUCUACCGUACUUCUCAACUUCAAGUGAUUCAAGAAGCUACAAGAAGAAGAAACAGAGCAAUGCAGAUAGAGAAAUGUUCUUUGAAAGGUUUAAAGAACUCAGGUCUAUGAAAGCGAAAGAUUAUCUAACUGCGCGGCCUAAAUCAAGAUUCGCUAGGUUCUGUCGAGCCAAGUACUUGCAGCUUAUACAUCCAAAGAUGGAGCAAGCUUUCUUCGGACAUUUGCAUUUGAGAAACCAAGUUUCUGCUGGUGAAUUCCCAGAGACGAGCUUAUGCUCUGGAUUUCUUGAAAUGGCGAAAAGGAUUUGGCUUUUGCAUUGCCUGGCUUUCUCUUUUGAACAUGAAGCUGAGAUCUUUCGAGUACCUAAAGGUUGUAGAUUCUCUGAAGUGUAUAUGAAGAGUGUAGCAGAAGAAGCGUUUUUCCCGGCGGCGGAGAGUUCGCCGGAAUCUGAGCCACGUGUCGCGUUCACGGUUGUUCCAGGGUUUAGGAUUGGGAAGACUUCAAUACAAUGUGAGGUCUAUCUCUCGCUUUCAUGAUCGCCGUUCGAUCUAAGAUUCG